CCUGGCGGCCCUGAAAACGCCACGGGACCGUUUACGCACCGAAUUCGGCCACCAUCAACUAGAAAUACACGUACGGAGAGUUUUUAAAGAAUCAUAUAAACGUUAAUAUAGUGAAUAGAUAUUAAAAAUCAAUUAAAUGAAUAUAUCGUGAGCACACGAAGUCUCACGUACGAGCAUUUGAAGUCGCGGGUAUUAUUUCGUGUAGUGUGUGAUUUUUUUGUGUCAAUGCCCAACUCAACGUGUUGUAUAUUUGUGCUGAAUGCCCUGGUGAUCGUUUAAUGCCUUCCACAUUAUCCUCAUUAUUCGAUAUGUCAUUGGAAUUAAUUUAGUUGUAUGAAAAUGUGGUUAUGGAGAAUUUUAGAUUGAGGUGAUUUUGUGUGGAAUACUGAGUGUGACCGACGGGAGAGUUAACGUGAGACCCUGAGCAACGAUGAGUGGUAGAGCAUCGCGAACGUGGGAGAAAAGCGACAGCAGGGAUCAUGCCUGAGUUUAUUGGUUCGCGUGUGUAAAAAAAUAUACGAGUGAAGCAUAAAAGAGAGAGGAGAGUAAUUGUAAAAAAUUCAAAGGCUAAUGGCGAUUCGCGAGAUAUAUGUAUAGAUGAUAUAUAUAUGUAACGUGAAUAUAUAUAUAUAUGAAGUUGAGAAAAAGUGUCAAGUGUAGAGGGAUAACACGGAGGGAUGAUAAAUAAGUGAAUUUUCGUGCUCGAGAAAAGUGCAACUUCCUCUCUCGUCUAUUCCAAAGAGUUCUCAACUCUAAUUUAUCUUUCAAACUGAAUUUGCUUGUCACAAAAGGUGGUUCAUUAUUCAACUUAAGGUAAUCACGGGAAAAUUCGUGCGGAUGCACGGACGCGCGUGCAAACGCGUGACUAUACAAGGUGCGUCAGUGUACGCAUUUAUUUGUGUUUGUGAAUCCUCGUGACUUGGGAGGAUUUAACGCGGGAAAUUCGUGUUCUUCCUGCAGCGGAUGACGUCAUUACCGUACAUAAUGCUCCAAGGGUGAUGGAGACAGUGGGCAAGCAAGUCCAGGUAGUGAGUGGACUGGGGGUGGGGGGUCCGGUGGGGGGAGAUCUUCACCAUCAUCACCACCCCCACCCCCACGGGGGGCACGGACACUCCCUAGUUGGCGGUGCGUCCACCCCCGCUCGCGUGCAGGCCCAAACACAUCAGGGUCAACCGCCACCGCCCUCGCACAAUCAGCAUUUACCAGCGAGAUCCACACCCGUACAGCUGCACCGUCCAAGUCAGAACUACAUAAACAUCAAGAGCAACAGUCCGGUACCAGCGCGCACUGUAGCCGUCAGUAGUUAUGUACAGGGUGGAACUGGUACACCGUCAGCCAGUGGUGUAGGACCACCAGGUAACAGUGGAACUGGAUCAACUGCUGGCGUAACUGGCUCUGCCGGUGGUAAUUACGUCACAGUGCCGGUGCCAAGUGGUCUUAGAUAUGUGCAUUCUUAUCAACCACCACCAGUACCAUCCGCCCCCGUCAAUCAAACCCCACCACCACCCGGUGCAGCUGCCGCUUACACCAGGGAUCCAUACAGAAAUGCGACAUCUAAUGUAUCGGAGAGGGUGGCGAUAAGUGUCAGCAGUAGUCCAGUAACCCAAGUGGGUGUUGGUGUUGGUGUUGGCGCUAAUGAAUAUCCUCCGAAUAGCCGGGGUGACCGUCCACGAAUAUCCCUGUUACCACCAGCAUCAGUAGCACCAUCACAAUCACCAACAAAUGCUGAUUAUCAUGUUACGAGUAAUAGGAAUCAACGGGUACUGAUGCCAAUACUCGCUGCUGAACAGUAUGGCAGACAAGUGGAAAUGGCAACGUUACAGGAGGCACCGCCCUUCAAGAAGAUACGUCUUGGUCAGCCCCAGCAACAACCAUCCUGUCAGACUAUUUCACCGGCCGAUGUGUGCAUUAAACAGGACCAUGUACAGCUGCCUCAACCACUCAGGAUAGAUACACGGCCGACAGCAGGUGCCUACACACCACAGACAGAGGCUAUAUCACCUACCCUACCCGAGCCAACAAUCCAAGAAGAUGCAGCAUUUCGUGUUACCAAGGAUGAAUUGCUUCAGCAAAUUGGCAAAGUUGAUCGUGAAAUUGCUAAACGGGAGGGUGAAAUUACGACACGUAGGAAAAAGCUCAAGACAUUGGAGGAGACGGCGAAUAAACCCCUCGAGCCGAGUGGAUUAAAACGACCGGUUGAGGAGCAAUCGCAGCCGAAGCAUCAGUCACCGGCCCAGAAAAUUUAUGCUGAAAAUAGAAAAAAAGCGGAAGAGGCGCAUCGGCUAUUAGAUAGGCUAGGACAGAAGGUAGAGCUGCCGUUGUACAAUCAACCGUCAGAUACAGAUGUCUAUCAAGAGAACAAAACGAGGCAUCAGACGUGCAUGAGAACACGACUUAUUGCUAGAUUACGUAGGGAACACUCAGAACGUGCCUCACUCCAUCGACAACAGGCUCAGACUUAUGCGAUACUCGUUCAAGAGUGGCAUCGCAAGGUCGAGAGGCUAGAGUCAGCGCAGAAGAGAAAAUCCAAGGAGGCGAAAAAUCGAGAAUUCUUCGAGAAGGUAUUCCCGGAGUUGAGGAAACAACGGGAGGACAAGGAGCGUUUCAACAGGGUUGGUGCUCGUAUCAAGAGCGAGGCUGAUCUUGAGGAGAUUAUGGAUGGGCUUCAGGAACAGGAGAUGGAGGAUAAGAAGAUGCGUUCGUACGCUGUUAUUCCACCGUUACUGCUCGAUGCCAAACAAAGGAGAAUUGCAUUUCAAAAUAGAAAUGGUUUACUACAACCUGAGGAGCUGGAGGCACUUCACAGCGAGAGAAAAUUGAUAAAUGUUUGGAGUGCUGUUGAGCAUGAAUUGUUCAAAGAGAAAUAUCUACAGCAUCCCAAGAAUUUUGGAGCUAUAGCUCAAAACUUAGAACACAAAUCAGUUCCUGACUGCGUGCAUCAUUACUACCUCACUAAAAAAGCUGAAAAUUAUAAACAAUUGUUGCGAAAGUCGCGACAGAGAACGCGUAGCUCUCGAAAUAAUCCUAACAAUAAGGUAAACAAUAGUAGUUCUAGCAUUGGACCGAUAGAUAUAUUAACGACAGGUGUAACGACGAGACUGCAGCGUGAGCAGCAACAGAAGACCCAAGAGAAUCCGAUAGAUAUAUUAACGACAGGUGUAACGACGAGACUGCAGCGUGAGCAGCAACAGAAGACCCAAGAGAAUCCCCAAAAUAAUUCGACAUCAACCACUACCUCGUCCACAACAACUACUACGAAUACCACCAACAGCACAACAACAACAACAACAACAACAACCACAACCAGCACACCUAGUUCUUCACAACCAAGUACAUCGGUAACAACAAGUAGUAGUAGUGGUACAGCAAGUGAUACGGGAAUAGUGACAACCGCUGCCUCCGUCCAGAGUACGACGACAUCGACAACAACUGUAUUAACAACGUCAACGUCGAGCGCCAAAGAGGCGAGAGAAGCUAACAAGGAGAAUAAAGAGAAUAAAAAUGAUACCAAGGAGUCUGUUAAGGACGUCAAGGAGGACCCCAGUGGGGAUUCUACGACGGGGAAGGACACUAAAUCAACGGAAAGUUCGGGUGGUAAUUCAUGCGUGAGUGUGGUGGGUGCAAAUGAAACAGUGGUACAAACAUCUGAAACGAAGGACAAGAAGAAGCAGGCUGCUGUAGCAGCGACGAAUGUUACGAGUAGUAGAACGAAGGACAAGAAGGAGAAUCAUGCAACACCAAUGGAAACGAGUGACGAGGAGGCCCAGACAAUUGACCCAAUUGAGAGUGGGAGGCAACUGGGUCCCCAUGCCUGUGCAAUAUGCCAAAAUGUCGUCGAGGGUGGCAACCAGUCGCGUGCAUUGUCACGCAGCCAGGCGUCCCAAUAUGGUCUUAGGGAGGAUCAGGUGCAGCCUGGUGCACGUGUAUGCAACACAUGCAGGUGUAAAGCUGUACGUGGUCGUUACACUGCCUGUCCACUUCCAGGCUGUCCAAAUGUCAAUAAUGCCAAUAAUAAGACGAGAGUUAAAAGACUCAGGGCACUGCCACCUAAAUGGAUGGAAUUACCCCCGGAAAUACGGGAUCCUGUUAUUCAAGAAUUUCAAAUACCAAACAAUACCACAAAAUGCUGUUCAGCCUGUUUCAACCGAAUAUCCCGUCGUUUGGCGCCUCACCUGUCAGGUGGUGGUGAUGCCACUGAUGAAGCGUCUGAAUCAAUAGCACGACAAUGGACAGAAGAUGAGCUCAAACAACUGAGACGUGCCCUGCGUGAGCAUGGAACAAAUUGGCCAAAAGUGUCGGAACAAAUACCUGGUAAAUCCAAUCACCAGUGCAAGAAUUACUACCUGACUUAUCGUAAGAAAUUGGGCCUGGAUCAGGUGGUGGCUGAGUACUAUCAGUCCCUCGGUGAGGAGAGAAGGCCGUGUUUGACGGAUGAGGAGGAGAGUGGUAGUAGUACAAGUAGCUGUGACGAAAUGGCUGUGCAUGACUCGAGUGAUACUGCUAGUGCGGGCAGUCCUGCAAACACAAUAUCCAGCAGUACACCUGGCUCAAUGGGACCAUCGACUGGCACUGGAACAAUCAAUGUCGGUGCAUUUCAGCAAGAAAGUACAGCGGAUAUCAGGAUUUCUCUUGUCCCACCGACGCCUGUUGCACCUGGGCCACAGCAGCCCACGACUGCUAGUGGACAGUCGACGAAUAGUCGAGAGGAUUACGAUAGCUCCGCUACGGAGACGGCGGACGAGGGUCAGGGUGGGGCAGAUGUGGAAAAUGCAAAUUCAACAGCACCAUUAACAACAACAACAAGUACAAGUACGAUAUUACAAUCACACACGGCCUCACAGUUGCAACAACCAACGCAACGCGAACAACCACCCCCAGGACACUCACCGCCGACAAUAAGCAAUGCCAAUCCACUGACUGUCAAGGAUCUCAUGUUCGAUGUUAUUGAGAUGCAGCUCAAACGAAAUCCCAAUAGUACGUCAACGAGUUCAGUAACACCCACGAUAUCAAGUAUUUUGAAGACAGAUCACAGAAACGAUAUCACAUUUGUUCGCGAAUUUAAGCCAUCGUCGAGUUUACCCUCUACUGCCAUGUCCAAUAGGGACUCGAAUUUGGCAACACUAUCAGUCGUUUCUGUACCACAUCACAGAUCAGCACCAAGUCCUCAACAAAUUGGUCAAAUGCAGGCGACAAUAACACCAAUGCCCCCAGUGCCCCCACCGAACCAGCCGCCGUCAGCCGACCUCCUCCCAAAGGAGGGUCUCGUAGUGAUGCAAGUCCAGCAGGCCCUGCGAGAGACGGAGGGCACCCUCGACCUCAGCAUAAAGAAGCCGCGUCAGCAGCCACCCCCUCCCCAAUCCCAGCCGCAGCCUCAAGACUACAACCACACCCUCCAGCCUCCCCACAAAGCCCCCCAGAUGACGAUGUAUCGUCCCGAGCCCCCACCUGGUGCUUACUACCACCCGCACGCUCACGAGCAGGGUCGAGGAGCAAAGAGCCCCCUCGUAUACGCCUCAUCCCCUCGUCCCCAGGCGCCGAUCACCCCGAAGAUGAACAAAGUCGCAGUGCCCCCACCCCCCCACCCCAAGCUCUCCCCAAAGCUAGCGAACAUGGGCACACCCCACAAAGGUGGUUCAAUAACCCACGGGACUCCAGUCUCAGGUGCCAGAUACGAGGGCCUCCUCCGUCAGAUGACCCCACCAGGUACAGCAGCGCCAUCAGCCAACCCCCCAGCCCCCAAGGAGUCUGGCUCCAUCACGCAGGGCACCCCAGUCCACCCGUUCACCGUCGAGAAACGUCCGAUGUACGACUACCAUCGUCCCAUCAGACACUCCCCAGCGACAACCAAUGCCCCACCCCAGAGUCCCAAUCCGGGAGUUGUCGUCACCCACAGCAACUACAACUCCUACUCAGCAAGACCACCACCAAGCUACACGAUGGAGCAGCAGCUGUCCUCCCGCCAGAUAAUAAUGAACGACUACAUCACGAGCCAGCAGAUGCACCAGCGUCGAGGCACAAGUGCUAGCAACGAGAGUUCAAGUAAAACCGAGCCCCCACCUGCUACUCUCUACUACACGGGUACCCCACCACCCCCAGCGCCCCCUCAGUCGCACACACAGGCACGACAGGGUGUGAUUCAGAGGCACAAUCCUCAGAAGCAAAUCCAUUACCAUCCACCACCUGCGGGACUCGAGGCAUUUUCGAGUCUAGUCGAUGUUGCUGUUCAACAACCCAGUUUACCUGUACCUCAUCCCCAUGGACAUCCUUCCUCGGGGAGUAGUCACGAGGGUCUCGGCAAGACAAUGGCAGACCGAUUGCUGGCUGAUAGGUACGUGGACAAUAAUCGUGCUUAUCGAGAGCAAGAGCUGAGGAUUCAGGAGCACAGGAUGGCGAUGCAGCAUGCUGAGAGAAUGGCCGCUGCACACCAGCAGCAGAGGGACAGAGAACGAGAUUUGGCGCAUAUUCGGGAGAAGGAGGAGCACAGAUUGCAGAGGGAGAGGGAGAAGGAGUUGCAGCAGUUGGAGCACAGAUUAGCUGUGCAGCAUCAUCAGAGGGAGAAGGAUAUGCAGCAGGAGAGGAUAGAUAGGGAGAAGCAAUUGCAGCAUGAGCACAUGAUGCAGCAGAGGGAGAAGGAGGAGAGGCUGAGGGAGAAGGAGAUUCAGCAUCAGAGGGAGCAGAUUGCUGCGCAUCAGAGGGAGAAGGAACACCAGGAGCACAGGAUGGCACAGCAGAGGGAGAAGGAGAUUCAACAUCAGAGGGAGCAGCUUGCGGUGCACCAGAGGGAGAAGGAGAUGAGGGAGAAGCAGGAGCACAGAAUGGCUGUGCACAGGGAGAGGGAAAUGGCGCAUCUUCAUCAGCAGCAGAGGAUGCAGGAGCAGCAGCAGAUGCAGCAGCACAUUCUGGGACAGAGGAUGGAGGCUGAGAGGCGACACAUGGCGCAGAUCUACAGGGAUCAGCAGCAUCAGCACAUUGACAGGGAGUCGGGGAGACUACUUGGCAGUGGUUUCUCACAGUCCUCCAGGCCUCAGCAACCUCAACAACCUCCUCCUCAGCAAGCGCCAGCCUCGUCGAGGCCUAGUCCUGCCUCUUCGAAUUCUCAGUCUGGAGACAAUUCGUCUACACUCACUGCUGCCAGUUUGAUCGAUGCGAUUAUCACGCAUCAGAUCAAUCAGAGCUUUAAGAGCACUAGUGGAGCUCCUGCUGUCAAUAAUCAACCUACUAGGCCGGGCGAUAGACUUUUUCAGGGAUUCCAUCGUGAUACUCAAGCCGAACCCAACGGUGUAGCUCACAGUCCAGCGGCUGAGAGUUCCGUAGCCAAUAGUGGACCACCCAGUGAACCCCCGAGGGAUGGAAAAACAAUAACCCUUGGAGAGCACAUCGAGCACAUCGUCACGAAGGAUUAUGGACCACCACACGCGUCCUACCGUUCGUACCCAGGUUAUCCAUUGGCAGACGAUCAAUGGAAGCGUCGUGAGGCAGAUUCUGAGCCUGGCAAGCCUGGUGACGAGCGUCAGAUAAUCCGUGUGUCCCAGGGACAGCAGCAGUCACAGCCCCCUCCGCAGCCCCAGCAGCCACCCACAUCUGUUGCAAAGCAGUUUCACAGCGUAGAGCCAGUAUCUCCACCCGAGGCAACCCAGAAUCACUACGCGAGACGAUUUUACGAGUCUGCAACAGCCACGACAACAUCAGCAACGCCUCCCAAGCCCCACCUGUCCCCUCUGGACUACGUGAAGAAUAAAAUUGUCGAGGUGAUGAGGACCUCCGAGGACGACAAAACAACUGGCAGUGGGGAGAGAGGAAGUGGUAAUGGCACUGCUGACAAGGAUGACAAGCCUGCUGAGAGCCCCUCAGGUGAAAUGGUCAUCGACGAGAGUCCAAAUCCACAGACUCAACAGCCACCACCAGCACCAACGACCUUCUACCCAUUCAGUGCACUGGGAGUUCACACAGGACCACCUCCAGCACCUCCUCCACCCACUGCAGGCUCCACAACAGUGACCAAAAGCGAACAGAUGGAGCCAACACCACUUCUCUCAGCUCAGUACGAACCACUGUCCGAUGAGGAUUGAUCGAACAUCUGGAGUCAUCCCCAUCUCUGAUGUCUCGCUGUCUAGUGGCUUGCUUGGAACAUUUUUUUUUAUCAAUCUUUCAAGGGUCUCCUUAUUUUGGAGGGAAUUGUUCAUGAAGGCAAUUUCUCUUCACUUCGUUUUUUUAUAAAGAUCAUUUUUACGUGAAUUUGAAUGCUAAAGGACUUUAGGAAAAUUUAUGAUUUUAGAAAUUUAGCGUUGUACAUGAUUUUUUAUCGAGAUGUCAUUCCAGUCGACUCUGCACUUUUUUUUAUUAUUGAAUUUUACGAUGAAAAUUUUCAUAACUUUGUGUCGAAAUUUUUUUUGGGAAUGAUCAAGUGCGUGAAUUAUUGAAAAUCAGAGUCAUUCCUUAUUUUUUGUUUUGUAAUGAGAAAGAUUGUACGGUGGAUAAGUCCAACGAGAGGAUAAACAUUGAUGUGGAUAGGAGAUUUAAUGAAAUUAACAAAAUGCCGGCUUUCUAGUGCAUGGCAUCGACGCUUAUUUGCAAUUACCCGAUGGACAACUUGAAUUGAUGAAUUAUUGGCCAACAGUGGGCGGUUGAUAAUGAUGUAUUUGAAUUGUCGUGUUUUGUGCAAAAUGAAUGGUAAUAAUUUUUUCUUUUGUAUAUAUUAUAAAUGGAUAAUCGUUAAAACGAUGAACGAAUGGUACGACGUUAAAGGUGUGCGUGUUUUUAUUUUGAAUGAGUCUGUGAUGAGUACCAGUGUGAGAUACUAAAAAGUUAAUACUGUCUUUUAGAGCCCAUUUGAGGGACUUUGGUGAAAAAAAAACCAAGGAUGAACAAACGAUUGCCACACGCUUCUGGGAUACAGAAAGAGAGAGAUCUCGUACUGUUGUGUGAUGAAAACGUCUAUGAAAUGAAAAUCAUCCCUUUUCUGUUCAAUUAAUUUUCAUUUUCUUUGGUAAAAGUGGUUGAUAAAUUUGUAACAUGUAAGCGUUGUAUAUAGUACAUAAUAUUUACAUUUUAAGACGAGCAAGUAAUUAUAUGAUUACUAGAUUAUAUUAAUAAUGAUAAGUGGCUAGAAGUUUUUAGUAUAUAAGAUGAAAAAAAUUUAGGUAGCAUUAUAGAAGGUAGAAAUUAAAAAAAAAAAAUGAAAAAUAAAUAAUUCACGAACUGACUAGGGAACUUCUCUCAAGACUACGUUCUCUUCAUGAUAAAGAAAAUGAAUAAUGAAAAACAACAAAUUACAGACAAAACAAAUUAUGAAAAGAUUAAUAAUAAUAACAUGAAUUAUCAAUGAAAGAAUGAAUGUGAAUUUUAUUUGACUCAUUAAAUUAACUGGAAAUUUUU